UACCAGUGCUUCUCAAUCCUGCACCAUCGGCAGUUGCGGUGACCUUCUGCCGUUGUGCCGGCUUUUAAACUCUCCAUCACGAUCUUUUCUCCACCAUUUUCCGCGUUGAAACGGAUAUUUUUCGGCGGUGAGAUGAAGUCCCAUCUUGCCAUAUGGCUGCUGUAUAUGACGGUGUACUGCCGGUGUGCGGCAGCGGAGGAGGGUGCCGGUAACCCUGUACCGGGUGAGGAUCCCGCCGCGAAGCGUACCGCCUGGGAUUUUCCAGGUGGGAAUGAUGCGCUGUAUGACUUUACGCUGGCCAGUCUGCUCAGCGCGGCGCCGCGUCCCCUAGAUGUUGAGGAGGCGGCCGAGACCGUUGCACCGCCGAAAAAGAGAUUCAUGGCCAACGGAUUGACGCCGCAGCAGAGCCUGCGCGCCCUCUUCCGCAACGUGCACCGCCUGAGCCCACCGGUGAUGCCCGAGACGGCGACCCUGCCGACGGCCCCGCAACCGUCCUUCCCGCGUUCCAUCAGCCUGGGCGCUCUACUGGCAAGCCAGCCGGCUUUUUCCGGCAAACACCGCACCCGACUGAACAGCUUCGCGCGCUACAUUUGAUGACGUUGGAUUCGGAAAUGGCAAAACACGGAUGGGGUACAUAUACCUAGUAAUAAAUCGGAGUAGAGGACAGGGCGCGUAAUUUAUCACGGCUGGCUAAUCAAAUCCACACGCAGUAUGCACUGUACCAUGAAAUUUAUUAUGUUUGAUACUGGCUAUACAUUUAUUUUAUUACUCUUUUCAGUUUCUCCGCAAUUUAUUUAAGAGACUAUUUUCAAGGUUUAAUUACAAAUAAUAUGCUUGAGUAUCUGGACGCAAAAAAUCGUGGCCGUAAUGUUGGGAAUCGCU